AAAUCCAGCGUCUACAAUCCUCUCUAAAACCCCAAAUACCUCGAGAAGAAUAAAUCUCAAGAACCCCAUGGGUCUCGUCUUCAUCUCCGCCGGCGAAAACAUGAAUUCACACAGUCCAAAUCUCAUCAGCGACGGCGUUCAAGAUCAAGAUCAAGAUCAAGAAAGCGUCGAGGACGACGAACGUCUUUCACUAAUUAAGCGAAAGAGGAGUCCAAACAAACGAACUCCAAAGCGGCUCAAACUUUUAAAAGAAAGAUCUCUUAAACGCCCAAUCGUCCAAUCGAUCGCUUCUCCAGUCCUCGAAGCAUCAGCGGAACAACCGGACAUCAUAUUCGACACUGAAACCGAAAGCGAUAGUGAUGUGAAAGACGAUCUAGGUGAUUUAUUGAUCGGUUUUAAGCAGGAUGUAUACGAAUUUGAUAGGAUAUUAGCGGACGGUUUACAUCAGGAUUACAAGAGUUUGAUGAUUUUCAUGGGAGCGUCGUCGAAUUCGAGCCCUAGUUUUUUGCUGCAGAAGCGAUUGAAGAAGGGAGAUGUGGACGAACGGCGGAAUCGGCUUGUGAUUCCGCAGAGGAAGAUGAGAAAUAAUUUUCUGGAUCUGGAGGAGGAGGAGAAGUUGAACAUGGAGAGAUGGUGGAUGGUGGAGGUCAUCGAGCCGGAUUGUUCUGUGAGUUUGAUGACGCUGAGUAAAUGGGAGACGCCGAGUGGGGCGGCGUAUGUGUUCAUCACGGAGUGGAAUGGACUGGUGGAGAGAAAUGAGUUGAAGGAAGGAGACUUGAUUCAGCUAUGGAGUUUUCGAGUUCACGGCGGCGACCAUGGGAGGCUCUGCUUCAUGCUUUUGGAGAUAUGUGAAGGAGAUGAAACUGAUUCUUGAGGAUUUUCUUGAGAGGGGUAUUUUGGUAAUUUCAACUGGAUGUAGAUAUUUUGCCUUUUUUUUAAUAUAUGAGCAUUUUUUAGGCUGAA